GAAGGCUCAGUCCCCUGGCUCCAUGGCCCAGUCCACCCUCGGGACCCCGAGCCUGGAGGCCCUGGGCAGUCGCAGGCCUGGCCCUGCCCGCCGUCCGGCCCUGGACGUGAAGGCUGAGCACCGUGCGAAUGAGAUCCUGCUGAGCCCUGGCAAGCAGCCGCGUCCCCCCGCACCGCAGCGGGGCAGAGAAAGCAUCGCUUACGAAGUCACGGAGAACCAGCGGGACAUAGAAGCUGUCUGCCUCUGCUGCGGAAGCCUCCAGGUGCACACCCGGCACCCCCUCUUCGAGGGAGGAAUAUGUGCCCCAUGCAAGGUAAGCAGGCCCGGGCGGGGCACCCCAGCCCGGGGCAGGACUCCAGCGGCCCAUGUCCCCCAGGACAGGUUCCUGGAGACCCUGUUCAUGUAUGACGAGGACGGGUACCAGUCCCACUGCUCCAUCUGCGCGGCGGGAAACAUGCUGCUCAUCUGCGAGAGCCCGGAGUGCACGCGGUGCUACUGCUUCGAGUGCGUGGACGCGCUGGUGGGCCCGGGGACCUCGGACAGAGUGCACAGCAUGCACAGCUGGGUGUGCUUCCUGUGCCUGCCCUUCCCGCACCACGGGCUGCUGCGGAGGCGGCGGAAGUGGCGGGACCAGCUGAAGGCCUUCCACGACCUCCAGGCGGAUAGUCCCCUUAAGAUGUACAAAACGGUGCCCGUGGGGAAGAGAGAGCCGAUGCGGGUGCUGUCCCUCUUCGGGAACAUUAAGCAAGAGCUGGCCAGCCUGGGCUUCCUGGGAACCGGGUCUGAGGCAGAAAGGCUGUGGCACCUGGAGGACGUCACAGACGUGGUUCGGAGAGACGUUGAGCAGUGGGGCCCAAUUGACCUCGUGUACGGCUCGACGCCCGCUCCGGGCCACGCCAGUGCCCAUUCUCCCGGGUGGUUCCUGUUCCAGUUCCACCGGGUGCUGGCGUACGCGAGGCCCCCGCCCAGCAGCCCGAAGCCCUUCUUCUGGAUGUUCGUGGACAACCUGCUGCUGACCAGCAAUGACCAGGCCACCGCCAACCGCUUCCUCGAGAUCGAGCCCACGACCCUCCAGGACGUCCGUGGCCGGGUCGUGCGUGGCGCCGUGCGUGUGUGGAGCAACAUCCCAGCUGUGAGGAGCAGGCACUCGGCCCUGGCCCCCGAGGAGGAAGUGUCCCUGCUGGCCCACAUCACCCGGAGCACAGAGCUCGGCUCCCAGCCGCCCACCGCGCUAGUGAAGAACUGCUUUCUCCCGCUGAGGGAAUACUUCUCCUAUUUUUCUCAGAAUUCACUUCCUCUCUGUAAGUGAGUCUGUACCGUGAAAACAGG